AUGUCGAGUAGGAUGCUUUGCGGCUUCACGCCAAUAACCUUUUGUCGCAAGCUCUCAAGAAUACAGGUCGCGAGAGGGCUUGCUCUUAAGAAGAUUAUCAGAGGCAAACACGACUUCAGACGCUCAGCAACAUCAAAGAUCAAAGUCGAAAAAAAGAAAAACAAAGAGAUCAAACGAACCGUUUCACAUGUAUCUUCUGUUGCAGAAGCUUCUCCAAAGAGCUUCAAAUCUGCAAAACAAGGUGUUACACCCAUCGCAGUGUCUCCUUUGUCUGUAAAAGGCGAAAAGAGGAAAGUGAAUUCACCAAGAAACCAGAACUCGGAAACUUCUUCGCCAAAAUGUACAGCAAAUUUCAUUUUGAUGGUGGAAUUGCGGAAGAACAUCUUCGCUUUCAGAGAUAUGAUUGAUUUGCCUUCUCUAGAUGGUUCUCUUUCUGUCACCGAGAUGUUGAUUUUCUUCUACGAAGAUCUCAGAGCUAUUGGAGAUUCUUGGAUUAUGGACAGUGACUGGAUUUAUCGAUCUAAGUACAAGGACAGUGGUGUCGGUAAAAACAAGUCAGAUCGUCUCGUGGAGCAUGUAUUAACAGCUCUUGAUGGACUAAUAAAGAUGACAAGAGAAAGAUUCGGUAUGAUGGAUAAUGAAUCUGAUGGAAGAAAGAGUUUUACAGCGAAAGGUGUUCCAUCAGAAGCAAGAAGAAGCUUUACAAGAUCUGUGUCUUAUUCAGAAAGUAACUACAACUCUUUUUAUCCAUCUCCGUUAACACCGAGAUCGGUUCUUAACGGGACGACGAUGAUGAAUAGUAACUCAACAACUCCGAGUCUUUGGAACUUGAGAGCUCAAGCUUUGGAUAAGUUAAGCCCCGUUGACUUAAAGCGCCUUGCUAUGACGAUCUUGUCGCGUAGAGAUUCAGAGAGUGUUGUUGAUAUUGAUCUUAAGAGUGGUAUCGAAGAAGAAAAUGAGAAUUUAGCAGAGAAGGAUGAAGAAGGUAAUGAUUCCUCUGUUUCAGAAACAGAGGAAACAGAACAUAAAAUUGAAACAGAGGAUCAUAGCAAAGGUUCUGAAACAGAGCACGCGAUUGAAACAGAGGAUCAUAGCAAAGUUUGUGAAGCAGAACAUCAAUUUAGUGAUUAUGAAACAGAGCAUCAUCAUGUCGAAGUUUCUCAAACAGAGGAUCAUAACAGCGAAACCAACACUUCAGAGAAUAGCACAACAGAAUCUUUUGAAGAAGAAAUCUCAGUAACUCCAGUGGCUCCACCUUCUCCACCGCCACCGCCACCAUCGCCGUCACCAGAGCUCUCAUUUUUCAACACGAAUCCUACUCCUCUCUCACAACCUCCUCCGCCACCUCCAUCAUCACCACAGCCGGAGAGAAACACUCUGGCUCCUCCGCCGCCGCCGCCACCUUCAAAAACACAUGAAUGUGGAGAUUUUUGUCAGCUUCCGAAAACACAAUCUAGAAACGGCGAUGGUGGCUCGUCCAUGCCGGCUCCUCCGGCACCACCCGGUAGUGGAAGAUCCUUGCGUAAAGCAAGUAGCAAGCUGAGAAGAUCGGCACAGAUUGCUAAUCUCUAUUGGGCUCUCAAAGGAAAGCUUGAAGGCCGUGGCGUAGAAGGUAAAGCAGGAAAAGGAAGUAAAGGGCAAAAGAAUGUUCCAGAUAAGUCUCCUGUUAAAGGUGCAAGAUCAGGAAUGGCUGAUGCACUUGCAGAGAUGACAAAAAGGUCAAGUUAUUUCCAGCAGAUCGAAGAAGAUGUUCAGAAAUACGCGAAAUCAAUCCAAGAAUUGAAAUCUUCAAUACAAAGUUUCCAGACAAAAGACAUGAAAGAAUUGCUCGAGUUUCAUAGCAAAGUAGAAUCUGUUCUUGAGAAACUAACUGAUGAAACUCAAGUUCUUGCGAGGUUUGAAGGUUUCCCAGAGAAGAAGCUAGAAGCCAUAAGAACAGCUGGUGCCUUGUACAAGAAGUUAGAUGGGAUUCUGAUUGAGCUCAAGAACUGGAAAAUUGAGCCUCCGUUGAAUGAUCUCCUCGACAAGAUAGAGCGUUACUUCAACAAAUUUAAAGGAGAAAUCGAAACGGUGGAGCGAACAAAAGAUGAAGAAGCUAGAAUGUUUAAGAGACACAACAUUAACAUUGAUUUCGAAGUUCUUGAUAAAGUCAAAGAAACUAUGGUUGAUGUUUCAUCAAACUGCAUGGAGUUAGCACUAAAGGAGAGGAGAGAAGCGAACGAGGAAGAGAAGCACAGUGAAGAAAGCAAGAUGAAUAACAUGAAGGCAGAGAGAUCUAAAAGGCUAUGGAGGGCUUUUCAAUUUGCUUUCAAGGUUUACACAUUUGCAGGAGGACACGACGAACGAGCAGAUCAUCUAACAAGACAACUCGCACACGAGAUUCAGACAGAUCCUGACCAAACCGAUUCAUCAGUCAUGUCCUAG